AUGCAGGAUCAUCGCUAUCAGUCGACCCCAUCUUCGAAUGUUCCUUUAUCCGGCAACGUGGGUUUAUACUCGACUCCAUGCUCAUUCCCAAACAACAAUAGUGCAUCCUCACCGUUACUCGGUGGAACACAAGUACAACCAGCUAGCGAAGGAUUACAGAUUCGAGUCGUGGGUGCUCCCGAUAAAUCGCGAGUGGAAACGCAAGCCCGUUUAUGCAUUCAAUUGCUAACGAGCAGUGGCACCAAAGUAUCUAAUUGGUCCUAUCUCAAGCUUCCUGAACGAUUGCUUUCUCGAUCUCGUUUAAAGCGCGCUAUCCAACAACAACAACAACAGCGUGUAUCCACGGCAACACCGCCAUCAUCACCCGAAGGGGUCAAUGGCAUUUUAUUAUCAGACGAAUCGCAAGUUCUUCAUUUAGACGCUCGAGUAGUGUGUGCCACCCAACGUGAACAACCGGUGUAUGUGUGUCCUGCUUGUAUCCAGCGUGAACGUAAAAGAGCCGAGCGUUCAAAGACAGGGAAUAGCCAAAACUCUCGACGACUACUUGACAUUCCAGAACAGGAUCGCAUCUUGCUCUUCAAUUGUGGUCCCAUGGUGAAUUUCACUUCUGGCGAUGCUAUUCUACCAACGCGGAUUGCGUGUUAUUGCCGUCACCAUAACGAAAAGGUUGGCUUCAAGAUUGAAUUUACAAUGCGGGAUCACAAAGGGAACGUGAUUGCUACGGGUCUUUCACCGCCGAUCCUUAUCACGGAUGAUCACAAGAGUACUCGUCAGAAAAAAGGAAACGCAUCGACCACCACCAGCACUUGCAUACAACCACAAAGAAAGCGUACAAGGUUAUCUUCUAUGGAUGAUGAACCCACUUCAACCAACAAGUCUCCCCGUUUACAACAUCCCUCCACUACCACUACUACUACUACUACCCCUCCACUCACUUCAUCAUCACGUCCUGGUUCCUUAUCUCCUUUACCAUUGCUUGCUGAUUCUCAGCUACUAUCUUCAGCCCCAUCUUCAGCACUACCAACACCUUGUGACGAGCGUCGUCUCUCUUCACUAUUCGAUACAACAAGCUGCUGCAAUGAUACUCCAUCCACAAUGUUACCCAUAACAACAACAACAUCCACCACACAGCCACAUUCACAUCCACUCGAGCAUCCCAAUCAAUCCAUACCCUCUACUCCCACGGCAACAGCUGUAGUACCAUCCUCUUACAUAUCACCUAGCCUUCUUCAUCAUCCUCAUCAUCCUCAUCAUCAUCAUCCCCAUCAUCAUCAACCAACCAAGCCCACACCCCAAUUGGAUCGAUUAGUACCUGCUCAUGGUUCCACUUAUGGUGGCAGUGAAGUGACCAUCCUUGGCUCUGGAUUCUACCGUGGUAUCACAUGCCUAUUUGGAGAACAUGCUGCUACAACCAUUUAUUGGAACCCGAAUACACUCGUUUGCAUUCUCCCACCAGCAGUCCAACCUGGGCCAGUGGUCGUGUCCUUUAAAGAACAUUCAGUGGUCCUUGAUCGAUCAACAUCCAAUGCUCUCACACAACCAUUAUCGGAUAACACCAGCAACAAACAAGUGCCUAUUUUCACUUAUCAAGAUACAAACGACAAUGCGCUUCUUGAACUUGCACUGCAAGUCGUUGGUCUCAAGUCUACUGGAAAGCUACAAGACGCUAAAAAGAUCGCCAUGCAAAUUGUACAACAAGCAGGUGAUCCUAUCUUUUUGACACCAUCCUCAUCAUCAUCCCACUCCUCGCAGCAGCAUCUUUGA